AUGGCAGGCUCGGCAAGACCUAGCAGCACCUCCGCCCUCCAGCCAUCGAGCAAGGCGUCCGUCGCCGCACCGCAGCUGGAUAACAGCACCAUGGAGAUGGCAAGCAUGCAAAACGAGGGCGCCGGAGCGGUGGCCGCAACAGCAGCAGCAGCAGCAGCUACGCCCGCGCCGCCUGAGGAGGACAUUAUGCAAUUUGCUCGCACCGGCGACGUCCCUGCGAUGGAAAAGCUCUUCGAAUCGGGCGAGUUUGACGCCACCUAUACAGACGACGAAGGCAUCACGCCUUUACAUUGGGCGGCUAUCAAUAACCAGUACGCCAUGUGCAAGUUCCUCAUCGACCACGGCGCCGAGAUCAACCGAAAAGGCGGCGAGUCUGUGGCCACGCCGCUGCAAUGGGCCGCGCAGCGGUGCCACUACUACACGCUCAACCUGCUGCUGCAGCACGGCGCCGACCCGCUCAUCACCGACUCGCAAGGCUACAACACGCUGCACAUUUCGACUUUUAACGGCAACGUGCUGCUGCUCGUGCUGCUGCUGCACCAGGGCAUUCCCGUCGACGUCGUCGACAGCUACGGCCACACGGCGCUCAUGUGGGCCGCCUACAAGGGCUUCCCGCAGUGCGUCGACGUCUUCCUCCGAUGGGGCGCCAGUGUCCACGCGACCGACGAGCAGGGCUUCACGGCGCUGCACUGGGCCCUCGUCAAGGGACACCCGGCGUGCAUCCUCAAGGUUGUCGAGUAUGGUGCCGACCGCUUCGCCAAGACGGACACGGGCAAGACGCCCGCCGUCACAGCGAGCGAGCUGCACACGGAAAAGGCGUGGCACAGAGCGCUCAAGGAGUGUGGCUUUGACGAGGAUGGAAACCCCUCGACGCCUCCGUGGCCUGGUGCGGGCUACUUUCUCAAAGACAAGCGUGCGUUCUUGACGAAAUUCCUCUUCCUCUGGCCGUUUUUGCUGGUGUGGUCUGGCUUGAUGACGCUGUCGCAUGCGCCCGUCUACUUUGGCAUCCCGGCUGCCGUUCUCAUCGGCUAUGGCAUCACAUUUAUUGCGCAGCAGGUGCUCGAAUACGCGCCGUCCGACAUGCGCCACUUUCAUAAGACGCCCUGGAUGGCUGGCAUCUUUGCCGGCUCGCUCUUCCUCGUCGCCGUCAACUGGUUCUUCACCGUGCUGCCGUACACCAUGUUCCGGGCCGAGUCGACGCAUCUCCUGCUCAAUCUCAUCUUCGGCGUCUGCAUAUCGCUUACGACCUUUUUCUACGCCGCGUGCAUGCGCUACGACCCCGGCUACGUCCCCAAGAUGAACGGCAUCGCCGAGCAGCGCGCCGUCAUCGACGAGCUGCUCAAGACGUGGAAGUACGACGAGACCAACUUUUGCGUCACCUGCAUGAUCCGCACGCCGCUGCGUAGCAAGCACUGCCGUCGCUGCCAGCGCUGCGUGGCCAAGCACGACCACCACUGCCCGUGGGUCUACAACUGCGUCGGUGUCAACACGCACCGCCACUUCUUCUUCUACCUCGUGUCGCUCUCGGUCGGCAUCUUCUUCUACAACUGGCUGCUGUGGGACUACUUUGCCGACCGCGCCACCGAUGCCUCGGACCAGUGCAACGUGCUGAGCCCGACGCUGUGCAAGCUGGUCAACGCCGACGCGUACACGCUGCUGCUUGGCGCCUGGAUCACGCUGCAGCUGACGUGGGUCUCGAUGCUCGUCGCUACGCAGCUCAUCCAAGUGUCCCGCGCCAUGACGACCUAUGAGAACAUGAUGGGCAUCAACACUGGGCAGAAUGCGUCGACGGCGUUUACCUCGACCGGCACGCCGCUCGACCCCAACCACCCCGCCAUUGCUGCGGGCCCGGCCGCGGCGCCCGCCGCUGCCAAGCGCCCGAGCGGCACCCUGCGGCAGUGGAGCCGCCUGCUCGGCGUCGACCCCUUUAUCGAGACCAUUACCGGCCGCGGCGCGGCGACGGGCAAAAACCGCCGCAAGAAGAAGAACCCCUACAGCCGCGGCUGCCUCCUCAACUGCAAGGAUUUCUGGUUUGACCCCGCGCCCAUCUUUGGCCAGCGCGACAACGGCACCGCGCUGCUGGGCGGCGACAAGGUCGACUACACGGAAAUGUACGAGAGCCCGACCCUGAUGCAGCUGACGGGCAUGCGCGCUAGAGGCGGCUACGAGGCCGUGGCCGCAGAAGAAGAGGUGUAA